AUGGACAAGCAAAUCGCUGGUUCCAAGGUCCUUCUUUUGGGCUCUGGUUUCGUCACCAAGCCCACUGUCGAUGUUCUUGACAAAGCCGGUGUUGAGGUUACCGUUGCGGCCAGGAACAUUGAGGGCGCCAAAAAGCUUGCUGCCGGUGGAAAGCACACAAAGGCAAUCUCACUUGACGUGAAUGAUGAUGCUGCACUCGACAAGGAGCUGGAGAAGGUUGAUCUCGUCAUCUCCCUUAUUCCCUACACCUACCACGCUCAGGUCAUCAAGGCCGCUAUCCGCACAAAGAAGAAUGUCGUGACAACGUCCUACGUUUCCCCGGCGAUGCAGGAGCUGGAGGAGGAUGCCAAGAAAGCUGGAAUUACAGUAAUGAAUGAGAUUGGCUUGGAUCCGGGUAUCGACCAUCUCUACGCCGUUAAAACAAUCAGCGAAGUCCACAAUGCCGGGGGCAAAAUCGUGUCUUUCCUCUCAUAUUGCGGUGGCCUUCCGGCUCCCGAGGACUCUGACAACCCGCUCGGAUACAAAUUUUCCUGGUCCAGCCGUGGUGUUCUCCUAGCCCUCGGAAACUCAGCCAAAUUCUACCGGGACGGAGCCGAAUUCAGCGUCCCCGGAAGCGAGCUCAUGGGCGAGGCAAAGCCCUACUACAUCUACCCCGGCUACGCAUUUGUUGCCUACCCCAACCGCGACUCCACCCCGUACCGCGAGCGCUACAACAUUCCCGAAGCACAAACCGUCAUACGCGGCACGCUCCGCUAUCAAGGAUUCCCUCAAAUGAUCAAAGUCCUCGUCGACAUUGGAUUCCUCAGCGAGACCGAAUACGACUUCCUCAAGGGCUCGCCCAUUCCCUGGCGGGAAGCCACCAAGCGGAUUCUAGGCGCCACCUCUGAGAAAGAAAUCGAUCUCCUCUGGGCCAUCUCCUCCAAGACCAAAUUCCAAGACAACGACGAGCGUGACCGCAUCCUGGCCGGUCUGCGCUGGAUCGGUCUCUUCUCCGAAGACCCCAUCACCCCGCGCAACAACCCUCUUGACACCCUCUGCGCCAGGCUAGAGGAGAAGAUGCAAUACGGCCCUGGAGAGCGCGACAUGGUUAUGUUGCAACAUAAGUUUGAGAUUGAGAACAAGGACGGCUCUCGCGAAACGCGCACUAGCACUUUGGUUGAGUACGGUGAUCCAAAGGGUUACUCUGCCAUGGCCAAGCUCGUGGGUGUCCCGUGCGGUGUUGCCGUAAAAAUGGUCCUCGAGGGCGUUAUCAGUGAGAAGGGCAUUCUGGCCCCGAUGAGUAUGGAUCUGUGUGCUCCGCUCAUCAAGACUCUCAAGGAAGAUUAUGGCAUUGAACUGAUUGAAAAGACUUUAUAA